AUGCAGCGACGACAGCGAGAGAAUAGCGACUUCAUGAGCGGGGACGCACCUCGACGUGCGCUGAUAAACUCGUUCGCAACAACCUCAGCGCCUUAUCAGCGUCACCAUGAACGAUCGUCGACCUAUUUACAGGUGCCUAUGACAGACUUUUCCGUCCGUAGUUACAACCAGCUGCAGCUGCAUCCAGGACGCGAUUGGCAGACCCCAAUGGGGAUGGAGCCGCCAACCUACAAGAAACAGGGAUGUUAUAGCACCACCGUGGAUUUGGGAGGGAUGGUGGGUGUUGAAGUUCCAGGUUUGCUUCGAGGUGGCAACGAAGCAGCAACACGUGUCUCCUUGUCGGAAGCAGUGUCGGAGAUGAACAUGGCUAGUGCUGAUGUCAACGUACUCCACAAUGCGAGUUCAGGGUCGACAAAAGCUUUGGUAGUGAACGAUGUUAGGGACCUCCUUUCGAGUACAGCAACGGAUGUGUCAUCUUCACUUGCUCUUACAACGGACAAGCAAGCGACGUUACCAUCGACCGUAACAGUCGAUUCGACAACCAGUGUCGUGGUAGAUGCAGCAUACACGCAACAGAGCCAACCAAGGGACCCAGCAUUGACAACCGAGAAAAUUCCCACACACAGAAAAAUGAGAUGCAAGUUCCCUGACUGUCCCAACCGCGCUCGAGUUUCCCAGCACUUUGGGAAUUUCUGCAAUCGACACGUGAUUGUCGCCCCUUGUGGGUUUCCUGGUUGUCGGGACAAGGCUGUGGAGUAUGCUGCUAUGUGUAUGAAACACCUGAAUCUGGGCAAAGACGCACUCAACAAAGUGUUGAAUACCCGCACGCAGAACGUACCCGUGUGUCGAACAGACGGGUGCUUUAAGAAUGAUCAAGGCAGAGGAUACUGCCGUGGCCAUGAAAACUUAAUGAUGGCGACUGGACGCUUGCCUUUGCACAUCAGUAAGCGCCGUCUUAACAGUGCGUACACCAUGUGCAGCUAUCCCGAGUGUACAAAGCAUUCUCAGCGGCGUCACUUGUGCCGGACCCAUGGAAACCUCUUGAUUAAGCAAGCCCAAGGACUGGCGAACCAACCUGGAGCCACUGAAAGUUUUGAAGACAUUUUAGCCAAGAUCGAAAAGGAUAUGCGUCGAUGCACGCAGGAAAACUGCAUGAAAAAUUCGCAGCGAGAUCGACUGUGCAGUACACACUAUAACGAGAAGCAGAACCUGCAAAUGAAUGGUGCGACACCGGUUACUUCUGGCGCGGCGAUAGUACGUAGGGAAAAGGGUGGGCCGAGUUGGCGAGUGGGUGCUGAAGACAGCACUGUCCAAUCUGCCGGACGGACUGAAUGCCAGAAAUUAGAUUGCGACGUUCUCCCGUAUGCGAUGGAGCCGUCUGUGGAGUAUCUAAACGAAGUUCAGAACCUAAUUCCUGGUCGAAAAAGACGUAGUGGUGACCCAUUUUUAUCUAGGGUUUCUGCAGGAAUUGUCGUGGGGAGUGACGAUUGUGCACAAAGACAAGCAGUACUUGCAAGUACUCGAGGCACGACUUGCAUGAACGCAAUGUGCAACCGGGAAAGCCAUGGUUGUGACUACUGUGAUGAAUGCCAGAGACUGUUUUCAUUUGUUGUGGUACCGACGCAUGAAACCCUAGCUGGUUCAUCGGGAUACCCGUGUAAGAUUGCAGCUGGUGGCGGGGCACCAUUUGAAGGAAAUGCCUUGCGUCGUCGUGCAGCAAACUGUGGGCAAGAACCCGUCUCUGGUGGGUUAUGUGCGUCGCAUUGUCGAACAUCCGGGAUAGGCUCGAUGUUAGUGGAUCAGGUGAACGUGAACGUCCAAAUGCUGGGACAAUCGUGGGCAUUGGCAGAGACGACAGCGACCGCUGCACAAGAAGUCAACCAAAUGAAUCCGACACCAUCCGGUAGGACAAAGAAAUACUACUGCAAAAUUAAUGGCUGUGGUAAGCAAGCUCAACGGCAACGCUUUUGUAAGCGUCACUAUCGUCUUCACGCGAGCGUCCCACCCGAGAGGUCCGAGCCCGAAACCAACCCCAGCAGUUGCGUUACUGGGCCUCAACACUCAGUCUUCUCUCGACCAACCAUAGCCUGUCAUUUUCUCGGAUGUUCGCAACUCGCUCGCUCCGGCACGUCGCUGUGCUUGGCACAUGCCGAAGCGACUUUUUGCUGGCAGCCUGGAUGCGAAAACAUAGUGGAACGCGGCCGCUUCUGUGGGUUUCACGAAUUCCGCAAACAGUGUGCUUACGAAGGCUGCAUGUUCAGCUCCGAACAGCACGAAAGUGGCUGCCUACAUCACUCGCAUGCUCCGAAAUGCCGUCACGACUUUUGCGACAAAUUUACCAUCGGGUCAGAGAUGUGCCGGGUGCACCAGAGAAGUUGCCAGGACUUUCCGUGUGUCCUGUGCCGGCUCCACGCGCUUUCUCCGAACGGAUUUGAGACAGGCGUCGACGCAGGUAUUGACAAUGGAAUCGGUACAUUGUAA